AUGACAGAAGUGAGAGAACAGGACAGAACAGAGCGGACCGGAACGGAACGGAGUGGAGCAUGGCUGAGCAGGACAGGGAAAAGCAGAUCAGAGCAUAACAAAGUAGAGCAGAGCAGAACACAGCAGAGAAGAGCAAAGCUAAGCAGGAAAUUAUUAAAAAGACAUGUCGGUAUUGUAGUUUCUGAUAAAAAGUGUCACGAAGCAGAUCGUACGAAGCCA